UUCCUUUGUCUUUACCCCCAGGUUUCGGUCUGCCGCCUGGUUAUUUAUUUAUUUCCUUGUCGUUUUGUGGAUAUAUUUUUAUAUAUCCAUCAUUUUCCUCGGUUGUUGAAUGACAGUCGGCUCUGACACAUAUAUGCCUAAAAGCAAAACGCCAAAAAUGGAUGACCUGGACUACAUCCCAGCAGAUCUUAGCCCUGAGGAGCGCUCUGAGCUAGAGGAGAUCCGCCGCAGGAAGGGAGCUCUGCUGCAGGAGAUCCAGAGGCUGCGAGAGGAGCUCAGGGAGGCCAUCAUUGAGGUGGAGGGGCUAGAGGCGAGCACAGAGGGCAGCAAAACACUACAGAAGAGUCGGCAUGUGGCAAUGGGUCGGAAGAAGUUCAACAUGGACCCUAAGAAAGGCAUUGUGUUUCUUGUGGACAAUGAGCUGCUAAGACACACACAAGAAGACAUUGCUCAGUUCCUGUACAAAGGCGAAGGCUUAAACAAAACUGCCAUUGGAGACUACCUGGGUGAAAGAGAUGACUUCAACAUUAAAGUCCUGCAGGCGUUCGUUGACCUCCAUGAGUUCACUGACCUCAACCUGGUGCAGGCUCUCAGACAGUUCCUGUGGAGUUUCCGGUUGCCAGGGGAGGCGCAGAAGAUUGACAGAAUGAUGGAGGCCUUCGCUCAGAGAUACUGUCACUGCAAUCCGGGAGUGUUCCAAAGCACAGACACCUGCUACGUGCUGUCGUUCGCCAUCAUCAUGCUGAACACCAGCCUGCACAACCCCAACGUGCGGGACAAGCCCGGCGUGGAACGUUUCAUCUCCAUGAACCGCGGCAUCAACGAGGGUGGAGACCUGCCCGAGGACCUGCUGCGGAACCUGUACGAGAGCAUCAAGAACGAGCCGUUCAAGAUCCCUGAGGAUGAUGGCAACGACCUGACACACACCUUCUUCAACCCCGACAGAGAGGGCUGGCUCCUCAAACUGGGUGGACGAGUGAAGACUUGGAAGAGACGAUGGUUUAUCCUGACCGAUAACUGCCUCUAUUACUUUGAGUACACAACGGACAAGGAGCCCAGAGGCAUUAUCCCCCUGGAGAAUCUGAGUAUUCGGGAAGUGGAGGACCCCAGAAAACCGAACUGUUUCGAGCUGUACAUCCCCAACAACCGGGGCCAGCUGAUCAAGGCGUGUAAGACGGAGGCCGAUGGGCGAGUUGUGGAGGGGAAUCACAUGGUCUACCGAAUCUCCGCCCCCACGCCAGAGGAGAAGGACGAGUGGAUACACGCCAUCAAUUCUGCUGUGAGUGUGGACCCUUUCUAUGAGAUGCUAGCUGCCAGGAAGAAGCGCAUCUCUUUAAAGAAAAAAGAAGAGCAGCCGUGAGCCCCCCGUCCAUCCCAUUCCAGAACACUCUAAAAAGACUCCAUCCAUUCCACCCACCCAUCCUCCGCCGCUCCGCCCAUGUCACCCUGACGACUUCUCCUUCCUGUCCGUCAAGCAUGGAGAGUCUGGAGGGAGCCGGGUCAGGGUAUCAGCCCUUCGCACGGCCUCUGCUUCCUGAAGGUCACACACACACACACACACACACACACAUACAAACCAACCGCUGCUGAUUCGGAACCGGGCUCGAUAUCAUUCGGUUUCAUUUUCAGCUGCUGUUUGGGGACUUGUCUCAUUCCAUACUCACCCACCCGCCUCCACUACGUCGUCAGUCUGACGAUUGCUGCUUGGACUCGAGCCUUUCUCCUGCUAAUUCAGCAUGAACCUAUACAUACUACAGCCCUCUACAUCCUAUACAACCUAUACCCUCACUCACUAUACUUCACACAAUCAUAUAUGCUACUGCUUCACGUACACUACUUUCAUAAGCUACACGUACACAUGGCUAUCACCUCUAGGCACUGUCUGAGAUGGCCUCUGACAAACACUACUGUCUCCUUUUUACUGCAUAGUACUGUCUAUUUAUUGCAGGAGUAGCAAUUUACACUCACACUACGCUCAUUUCUUGUUAAUCUGACUGCUGUAACUUUCUUUUCCUGUCUUAAGCUUACUAUGUCCUUCCUGGCAUUAACGAUGCUCCGCAAGCUUUACGGUUGUAGCAGGGGGACCAGGGGACAUCAGAAAAGCUUUUACGAUGCUGGACAUGGUGUGGACGUGGGCAGUGACUAUGAAAAUUUAGGCAGGGUGGGGCGUUAUUCCAAAUGCCUCCCCAGUGAAGCCAGAGUUUAAUUUUGGAGUCUCUAGAAAUAAAUUUGAAGGGGGUUUUCGGUUGGUAUCUCGGCCGUAAAUGGCAGUUUGUUUCCAUUGUAGCUCAGAAUAGAGCGAGGGGGAGGGAAUGCACACUGCCAAAAACAUCUUAGUCUGCGAAGGAUCAAACAGCAUUCCAGUGACCUCACUUCCUGUUUGAAAUAACAGGAAAUCAGCAACGGUGCGGUGCGAUAGCGAUACGAUGACAACUCUUUGAAUAGACAUUUUUCCGUGAGUGCGGUAGGCAGAAAAACAAAAGGAGGCACCCUGUGCCCCCUCCUUCCCUCCCUCCUAGCCAACCGAAAACGGAACACAAACAGAACGCAGAACACUGGCCUGUUUAGUCAUGGUCCAGUUAAGGGAAGUCCAUGGUGG